ACGACUAGUCGAGAAAGAAAACAGUUGUACCUACCUAAGCUACCACCGAGCAGGCAUUCUUCAUUACAGUUCUCGCAAAAAACGAGUUCCAAUCUGGCCUGCUAAGAAAUUAACCUAAUCAAACCUGAUCAUCAUAGAUUGCUUUAUGUAUCUCGAAAAAAAAUCAAAAGUACUGCGUAGUUGCAUCAGUGUACAGAGAAUCAACUGUGUUCUUACUACUUUGCAAUAGAGUAUUUUCGGUGGCGGAUGCGUGAGCUAUAAGUACAAUAUAGAUAAAACAAGUGGACAAAGGGAAGUGGGCGUUACACACCUCGAGUGCGAACGUUCUCAAAACAGCCUCCUGAAAAAGAGAAGGUGUAUCGCUUUUCACGUCAUAAAAAUUAAAACGUCAGUAGGAAGUUCAACAACGAUACUGCAAUGCUGUAUCCGACAAGAAAUCCAGAAUGCGCAGGGGGCGCGCAACCUGUAGGACCGGCGGCAGCGGCAGCUCAAUGGACCCACACUGUUCCUAGUCAAAUGCCGUGGACGCUGCCACCGUCGCAGAGACCGUUCUCAGGAACUGGACCACCAAAUAACGUAUUUUUCCUUCGGCAACCUGUGCCACCCACUAUUUCUCACUUCGCCACCACGCCAACUGUCACUCCUGUUAGCUCUGUGGUCAGGCCUACUCCGGAUAUCGGUAACCCAAUGAAUUUACUUCAGGCAGCCGGUGCCCCAGAAACUCUUAGCCUUAAUGAUAUCGCUAACUUGCCGAAGACCUUGCCGCGACAACUGGAUGCCAGUCAACAGCUAGUUGUUUACCCAGGUGAUCCUUGCACUUCCAGCGCUCCGCAAUGUUUUUGUGCAGCAGGUGAUAUAACCGCAAGUAAACCUACAGCCACAGGCGAUUUGUUCUCACAAAACGCGCAGAGACAGCCUUUUCCGUCGACUUCGUAUUGCGCGCCACGUUUUAAGCGCAAACUUCGCCCUGGCCAUGUUGUAUCAGAUGGAGGGAUUCUGUCAUCAUCUGAUGAAUCAUCAGAUGCGGUCGGCGGUAAAAUCUUUAUUACCGAGCGAAUGGUGGCUCGAAUGGGAGAUCUUAGUCUACGUGAUCGGCAGAAGCAGGGCGAACAAUGUGAACUCGUUGGUUCGCAAAGUUCGAAUCAACAAAGAGCAAAAAUUGGAUCAACUGAAGACGAAUCCUCGAACACUCUUUUUGAUCGUUCACUUCCAGUAGAAACCAGCCAGACCCAAAUCAGUUCGACACCUAUUAUGCUCAACAACAACGAGCCAGUAAUUUCGCAACAGUAUAAUGGAUUUGGUAAACUCGUGGAAGGCUACCACAGCAAUAACACGAAUGGUAGCAGCUUUAUGAAACAGAUCACGUUAGAAGAUGACGACGAUGACGAUGGUAAUGAUGCUGAUGCUGAUGAUGCUGAUUUCAAAGACGAUCAAACUGUGGAUAGUCCUCUGUUAAUCUGCAGUGGAGUAAAACCUACUGUUGCUGCGAACUCUUCGAUAGAGCAACGGCUUGCGAUGGAAAUGAUAAAAAAGUCUACAAUGGCUGUCGUUCUUUGGUCUCCGCCGAAGACUCAUCUUGCACCAUUAACACCAACAGCAUCAGAGGCCGUUGCAGAUUCGUCAGAAUUCUGCAACGGUAGCAAUGAGAUGGAGCAACAAGAAUCGGAUUCCGCUAGCCCCAACAGCAGGGUUCCACUGAUCGGCGAAAUGCCUGAACCUAUAAGUUCUAUGGUAGAAGACGUCAUGGAAAUAAUUUAAUAUUGCGGACUCAAUACAACGGUUACGUAAAAGCAGUGCCGCGAUGUAUGACUAAAACAAGUAUACCUUGAUGUGCUUGUCCAUUGUAUAUACUGUGUAAAUACAUAUAUGUGUGAGAAUGUACCCGUUAGCUCAAACAUUGUCCUAUCAUGAAGUCUGCGUUCGUGAAGUCAGCCGAUUAAAUAGAUACUGCCUAUGUACUUGAUAGCAACAAAAAAGAUGAUUAAGGUUAGCAUAUGUUUUGGCGUCGUUGGUCGUAUUAGAACAUCUGUAUUUUUUUACCUCUUAGAACUCACUUCACAUUAUUACAUAGGUCAACACAACGUGAAGGCAUUCAUGUUUUCAUUGUAGUUUGUAGCUUUUGCAAACUUGCACUUAAUUGAACUUGUCUCCUGAUAAGUUCAAUAUAGAUUGGGCAAAAUCAGCAUGCCCACUGAUGUUUAACCUUUUAGCAGUUCCUAUGUUUUUUGUUUUUUCGGGUACAUGCACAAAUUUUGGUUUGAUUUUUCAAGUGACUUUAGACGAACAAUAAACUCAAGGAGCGCAUUGACUAUAGGCCGGCUUUACUUGAUCUGAGUAAAAAAAAAAUGGAAUAGAGGCACCUUUGUACGGGGGAAGGGGCAAAGCGACUCUGUUCUACUGAUUUCUAUAUGCAACUGCUGCUAAAACCUGUAAGAAACGCUAGACGACCAUCUUAAAAUUUCGCAUAAUAUUAUUGGAAUAGGAUAUAGAAUAUGGGCUGUUAUAAAGAGCUUUACCAGUAUGACUUCAGAACGGUUAGCUACAAGUCGACUUCAUCUUUAUGAGUUACCAAACCAAAA